AUAAUGAAUGCCUGAGGUCCCCAUGAACAUCAGUCGAAGCAUUAGCCUAUGACAACUACCUUUGGUUUUUUUCUCACCACUUAGUUGACAGAUUAGGAUAAGUGAAGAAUUGAAUUGAAUAAAAGCAAAAGCAAAAGCAAAAGCAACAAUGAAACCCCAGUGAGACAAAAAUCUUUGGAAGUUGGAAGCAAGCAUCAAAAUUGGUGUUCCCUUCAAUUCAUUCUCCGAUGGCAGAAUCAAUGGGGGGUGGUGACACAUUGAAGGCCCACGUGGGCAUGGCACUGGUGCAGCUAUUCUUUGGUGGCUACCAAGUCCUCACCAAAGUGGCCCUUAAUGUUGGGGUCAACCAACUUGUUUUCUGCUUCUACAGGGUUUCCCUUGCCUUCAUUAUUCUUGCUCCCAUCGCUUUUUUUCUUGAAAGACGGACUAGACCACCCAUUACCAAGAAGUUACUGUUGUCAUUCUUUUUCCUUGGAUUGACCGGGAUAUUUGGCAACCAGCUCUUGUUUCUUAUUGGUUUAAAUUAUACUAAUCCGACUUAUGCUGCUGCUGUACAGCCAGCCGUUCCAGUCUUUACAUUUCUGUUUACUGUAAUUAUGGGGAUAGAAAGAGUGAACUUGCUCAGAUAUGAAGGUCUGGCAAAGGUUGGAGGAACUAUUGUCUGUGUUUCUGGUGCCAUAUUGAUGGUUUUUUAUCGUGGUCCAGCUUUGAUAGGAGAUGAAGAAAUGGAGAAUGUUGCACAAAUUAAAAUAAGUGCUAGAGGUCAGCAAGAGGCUUCUGGAUGGUUAAUCAAUAGUUUACACAAUCUUGGAUUAGACAAUUUUCAACUUGGGGUUAUAUUCUUGAUAGGGAACACCUGCUGCAUGGCUGCUUUUCUAGCCAUUCAGGCGCCAGUAUUAAAAAAGUAUCCUGCAAACUUGUCUGUCACAGCAUAUUCAUUCUUCUUUGGAGUUGUACUAAUGGUGAUCGCAUCAUUAUUCAUGGUUCAUGAGUCAAGUGAUUGGAUUUUGACGCAAUCAGAAAUACUAGCCAUUGUAUAUGCUGGAACUAUUGCAUCUGCCCUUAACUAUGCAAUCGUUUCAUGGAGCAAUAAGAUCUUGGGGCCAGCUAUGGUUUCCCUUUACAAACCGCUUCAACCUGUGUUUUCUUCCCUUCUCUCCCAAAUUUUCCUUGGCACUCCAAUUUACUUGGGAAGCAUCAUAGGGGGAUCUUUAAUCAUUGCUGGUCUGUACAUAGUUACUUGGGCAUCUUAUAGAGAAAAACAGGCAACUUUGGGAGUUACUCCUCAUGCCUCUUCUGUCUCUGAACCACUUAUUCAUGAAAAAAGUUCAGACCAGGGAGGUCACAUUUCUUCGGGGUCCUCCAGCAUAUCCUGAAACUCAGUCAUCAGAUAAAGAAAAUUAGCUAUAGAAUGCGAAUGCCUUGUGAAAAUUUGUCUCAUGUAUUUGGCCAUGUAAAUGUGAAAUGUUGUUUGUGGACAAACUGUUCAUGUAAAUGU